AUGUCUGGCGAUGCCACCGAUCCCAACAUCGCGGCCAACAUUGCAGCAGCCAAUGCGAAUCCGACAGAUCUGGAUGGACACCCGUCGUUCGAGGACUCGGUCUCUGCGGAAAUGGGGCAGCGGAUCCUGUCGUUCUCUGCUGCGCCUCCAAGCUCCUUGGCGAAUCCCGAUGUGAGGAGCCGAUACGCGAUGACAAAGCCCAAGUCCGCCUUGCCGAGCAGUCUGCAGAGCGCAGGACGACGUAGGAUCCCAACGACACCGGAAAGGACCUUGGAUGCACCGAGCAUGGUGGGUGACUUUUACUACAAUCUGUUGGACUGGUCUUCGACCAACAUGGUAGCAGUGGCGUUGCAGACUGGGUUGUGGAUCUGGAACGGCAACACGGGUGAUGCGAGUGCGCUUCUGGACACUUCGACGCAGGCGGAAAAGGUGGGAGGAGGCGGACUCAUCACGGGACUUCGAUGGGAUGCCGAUGGCAACAUCCUCGCGGUCGGGCUCGAGGGAGGCUAUGUGCAGAUCUGGGAUGUCGAGAGCAGCACUCGCAUGCGAACGCUCAAGCCGAGUGGUGACGGUGGCGCUGAUCACGCCUCGGUCAACGUAGCCGCGUGGGCUCCGGAUGGAACGCUCAACGCCGGAUUCCAAUCCGGUAUCAUUCGAGAGUACGACGUCCGAGAGCGCGACGCUGUUACCCGAACGCUGGAAAAGGCGCAUCACGGACCGGUCUGCGGGAUGGAAUGGAGAUCGGACAGUGCGCUGAUGGCGUCCGGAGGCAACGACAACGUGGUCAAGGUAUGGGAUCGUCGUACCUCUGUCGCCAAGAUGCGCAAGGAGAACCACCAAGCUGCCGUCAAGGCUCUCGCCUGGUGCCCUCACAACCUCAGCCUCCUCGCCACCGGAGGAGGCACCAGUGACCGAAACAUUCACUUUUGGAACACGACCCAGAACUCUCGUACCAUGACCAUCUCGACAGGUGCGCAGAUCACGUCGCUGCACUGGGCACCCCACUACCGCGAGAUUGUCUCGACGCAUGGAUUGGGGACCACAGAAUCGAGCAAGGGGCUGCUGAACAUCUGGUCGCAUCCUCAGGGUACAAAGGUGGCGGAGAUCGAGGCGCAUGAGAAGCGCGUGCUGCACUCGAGUCUCAGCCCAGACGGCGAGGUGCUAGCGACGGUCAGCGACGACGAGGAGUUGAAGUUGUGGAGGAUCUUCGAGAAGCCGCAAGAGUCGAGCAAGGGCGCCAAAACGAGUGCUGGAUUCGGCUCGCACAGCGCCGGUGGGGGUCUCAACGUCCGCACUCUUCGAUAA